AUGAAAUGUUUCCUGAAGAGUUUUCCGAGAUCUGUUGCUUUAAAAGUUGGUCCAGAUGUAUUGAUUUUUGAAAGUUGUGGAAAAUCAAUAGAGUCACUGACGUGUAUUGUAAAAUUUUGUAAAUGGGAUGAUGUAGACUGUUCUGAAUAUUCUUUGGUCGCAUUUAGGGCUGUUUAUGGAUGCAUGGGAUUGAUAAAUAUAGAGAAUAAUAUUUUUAUAUGUCUUAUUACUGGUUAUUCUCAGGUUGCUGCUGUUCGUUCAAUGGAAACUGUUAAUAGGAUUCAUGAUGUUGAGUUUUUGUGUUUAAAUUCUUCUUUAUAUGAUAACUUUUCUCGUAAUUUUGAUGAAAAUAGCAUUGAAUUUAAUAUUAGUGAAUUGUUUGAUAGUUUUUCUAAACAAAAUGAUUUUGAGCAUCCUUGUGAUAGUAUUCGUAAACUUUUAUUAAAUGGCUCAUUUUAUUUUUCAUCAAAUUUUGAUCUUACAAGGAGAAUUCAAGACAGGUAUAUAUUUUUUUAUUCUGAAUCCGAUUUUAAUAUCGAUAAAUUUGAUGAUCAGUUUUUAUGGAAUAGCUAUAUGAUUUCAGAGUUACUUAUUUUUAGGUCUCGUUUAGUAGAAUCUGAAAAAUUUACUCUUGAUAAAGGAGGAUUUUUAGUUUCUGUUAUACGAGGGUUUGUAGGCACUGUUUUAUGCAAAAUUGGGUCUGUAUCAUCUACUUUGAUCUUAAUAUCUAGAUUAAGUUGUAAAAAAGCAGGGACUCGUUUUAACUCUAGAGGGGUUGAUGAUAAUGGCAACGUUGCUAAUUUUGUUGAAACAGAAACAUUAUUAAUACUAAAUGAUCUUUGUUUUAGUUUUUGUCAAAUACGUGGAAGUGUUCCAGGUAUUUUUAGUUUUAAUAAUAUUGGUAUUCAAGUUUUUGGACAGAAAGUUGAAAUAACUAGAUCAUUUGAAGCAACUCAUUCUUCUUUUGAAAAGCAUUUUGAGUCUCUUAUUAAUAAGUAUGGUUAUGUUCAUAUAGUUAAUCUAUUAUGUCAAAAUGGAGGGGAAAAACUUUUACUUAAUUCUUAUCGACAACAUAUUGAUUCUCUCAAAGGGAAUUUGUUUCAUUCAAUAUGUUCUAGUGAGUUUGAUUUUCAUGCUGAAGUAAAGUGCGGAGGAUAUGAUCAAGCUUCUAAGAUUUUUUACUAUGUAGAUGGCAAUAUUAAAAAUUUUUCAUAUUAUCUUGAAGAUAUGAAAAAAAAAAAUGUUAUACUGCAGCAGGGAGGAAUUUUUAGGACCAAUUGUCUUGAUUGUCUCGAUCGCACAAAUCUGGUUCAAGCACUUUUUUCGAAAGCUUCUAUUAUGUUAUUUUUGAAAUAUUUGGAUGUUCGUCAAGAGAUUUUUCCUUGGUCAGAGCAUUCAAUUGUUUGGGCUGAUAAUGGGGAUGCUCUUUCAAAAAUAUAUACAGGAACCGGUGCAUUAAAAAGUGGUUUUACAAGAAGGGGAAAGAUGAGUAUCGUUGGAGUUUUAGAAGAUGCAACAAAGUCUGUUGGUAGAAUGUAUAUUAAUAAUUUUCAAGAUAAAGGACGUCAAUUGAAUAUAGAUUUACUUUUGGGAAGGUUAGUGAAUCAAAAACCUGUCCGGAUUUAUGAUCCGAUUAAUGAAUUUGUGGCGACGGAAUUACAAAGAAGAAUUAAUGAAUUUUCAACUAUGAAAAAUAUAUCUAUUUUUGUUAGUACAUUUAACUUAAAUGGAAAAAAGAAAACUGAUGACCUUUCUUUAUGGCUUUUUCCUAAUGGAAGAAAAUAUAAAUCAGAUUUGGUUGUGAUAGGAUUCCAGGAAAUUAUAGAGCUAACUCCGCAACAAAUGAUUUCUGUAGAUUCAUAUAAUAGAAAAGUAUGGGAAUCUGAUUUAUAUGAAGUCCUUAAUAGAGAUAAGAAUGAAUAUAUUCUUUUACGUUCAGGGCAACUUGUUGGUUCAGUAUUGAUGAUAUUUGUAAAAGAGGCUUCUGUACCUUUUAUUAAAAAUGUUGAGGGUGCAGUUAAAAAGACUGGUUUAAAGGGCAUUUCAGGUAAUAAAGGAGCUGUUGCAAUUCGUAUGGAUUAUGGGAGUACUCAAAUCUGCUUUGUAACUGCGCAUUUUGCUGCUGGUCGAUUUAAUUGUGAUGAAAGAAACCGUGACUAUUUUACUAUUGCAAAUGGAUUAACUUUUCAGCGUGGUCGAGUGAUUAUGGAUCAUGAUAUCAUUAUUUGGCUUGGUGAUUUUAAUUAUAGAAUUAAUAUGAAUGCUGAAGAAGUUAAAGAGCAUAUAAAAGUUAAUGAUUUUGAAAAGCUUUAUAAAAACGAUCAGCUUAAUUUGCAAAUGAUUUCUGGAUCAGUUUUUCCGUAUUAUUCUGAAUCACAAAUAAUUUUUCCUCCGACUUAUAAAUUUGAUAAUGGGACAAAUAAUUAUAAUACUUCAGAAAAACAAAGAACACCUUCAUGGACUGACCGUAUACUUUAUAAAGGUUCUAAUCUACGUCAAUUGUCUUAUAAUUCUUCUCCAUUAACUUUUUCUGAUCAUAAACCUGUAUAUGCUCAUUUUGAAGCUUCUAUUACGAUUAUAGAUGAAGAAUUUAAAGAAAAACUUAGAAAAGAAAUAUAUAAUUUUAGGAAAUUAAGGAUUGAACAAUCUAAUAAUAAUGAUAUUGUACGUGAUAUGAUUGAUUCAGAAGAUACGUAUCAUUUGAAAAGUGAUAAAAAGAAAUUCAUGUUUUUAAGUACAGAUAAAAAAAAGAAAUGUUUGGAAAAUAUGUUUUUAAAAGCUGCUAUUAAAAGUCCAUCGACUGAAUCCGUUUCUAGUGUUAAGAGCUCUUUAGGUUUUUUUCAUAAUAUUGCGAAAUCAGACAAAGAUAAAAGGUUUUUAUCUAUGGAAUCAAAUUUAGGAUCACAUGUUAUUGAAAAGCCUCGGCUUCCUCCAAGACCUAGAGUUUCACCUAUGUUAUUAAUGGAUAAAUCAUCAUCAUUAGGUCAGGCUUUUGAUGUUGAACUUUCGGAGAAACUAUCAAAAAUGUUUGUUCAUUCAGAUGAAAAUUUGUCUGAAAUUUCUUCUAAAUCUUCAGAUAUAUAUUUUAAAAAAAAAAAGAUUAAAUGA